GGGCUGGCGGCCGCAGGGCUGCGGGGAGCAGGCGGUGUCGGGGGCAGGAGGUCCGGGACAUGCAGGAGUGGGACAGGAGACACAGGAGGGGGGGAAAAUGAACGAGGUAAAAGAAUGUCUGAGAAACAUAGAACAGACUUACAAGAUCUUCCAGCAACAGCAGUUUACAUUUAUUGCAGCACUGGAACGCACCCGAGAGGAUGCGCAUGACAAGAUCAGGCCUAUAGCAAGUAUUGGACAGGUGCAGGCAUACAUGGAUCAUCACUGUAACAACACUACCGACAGACGCAUCCUCCUCAUGUUCUUGAGCAUCUGUAGUGAACUGAACAAACUCUGCCAAAAGCUAGAAGCCCUGCAUCCCGGUACCAGUGUAACGAACAAUAUUUUGGAGAAAUGCAAGCUGCUCGUUAGCCCCAGCAAUGACCUGAGCACCAUCCGAGCCAAGUACCCUCAUGAUGUGGUAAAUCACCUGAGUUGCGAUGAAGCAAAGAACCACUAUGGAGGUGUGGUGAGCCUCAUACCCAUAGUGCUGGACUGCAUGAAAGCAUGGGUGGCCCACAGUGAGAAGCUGCCUCGGAACUUCCUGCAUAACGUGAGUGAUGGAAGUGCUGACUCUCAGAAGAGAACACAGCAGGAUGUGUCAGCAAAGGCAUCUGCUCCCCUAGGCCCACGUCCUGCUAUCCUCACUACUGCUACUCAGACCUUGGUUAGUUACAAAGACUAUUCAGGAGAGCAGAACCGUAAGCAUGGUAAAAAAGAGCACCUGAAUGGCACAGGGAGAAACACUUGGAAAUAUCUCAAUGGUCCCUGGAAACCACCUGGGAAACACUCCUUUUAGAAGGACCAAAGCUCAUACAUCUUUUGCAUAGAUGUGACUGGUUAUUAAAUAUGGUCUCCAGUAUUCACUGCAGUUGUUCCCUCCUGUCUUCACCCAAGUUCUGAAUAUAUGUAGUCUUGUAAGUCUCCAAGAGCAGAUAAACCUAGAUCUUAUCAGACAACUUUCUACUGAGAUCCAGAAAAAGAGUUGAAACAGGGGUAGUGUAUGUCACAUGUAUUCCUCCUUGACAGGUCUAGUGGUGAGGGCAGCAGAUGGAGUUAGGACCAAUCAGAUUCUGGUCUCUCACCAAUGCUGUGUCUUGGGCAAGUCACUUGAAGUCCAAUUCUAUGACUUCCUCUCUGAUUUUUUCAGGUUACAGGUUGCUCAAAUGUACUGCUGUAAAUAGCCUGCUAUCUGAAAUCUAAGAUGGGUGCUCUACAUCCCACACCAAUACCAGUAAUAAAGACUGAGCCACAAUCUGUCUUCAUUUAUAGCUGUUCAACCCCUUCACUUCCCAUGGGGUUGCACAGGCGUAAGUGAGGACAGAAUUUGGGGUCCUGUAGUUGAAAUUUAAUUGACAGUGUGUGUGACCCAUAAAAUAAUCCAGCUCACUCUCCCAGAGCUGUUUUGGCUCUGCAGGGCUAACAAAAGGAAAAAGUUAUUUCUGACCACUAUUAGGGUGCAAGACUCCAAUCCAGGGAGCAGAUCUACUGAGGAAGAGGUGACCAUUUUCAGACACAGCCUCUUUUCAAAGUAGAAUUGCACUUUAAGGUCUCUAUGCCUCUGCUUUCCCUUGGGUACAUCUUACCUACCUCACAGAAGUGUUUGAUGCUUAGGUCAUUAACAGUUGUAAGGCAUUUGAGAUCAGCUGAUGGAGCAUGCAUAGAAAAGUGCAAAGUAUUUUUAAAUCAUUGCCUUCCUAUAGAGUCUCUGAAGCCAGCUAGCGAGCUUUCCAGGACUGGGUUAUGAAAGCCAGUCCACCUGUAGGCUCUCUUCCCAUAUUUAUCACUUAGAACUGAUUUGUAUAAUUUAUGGAUGCUUUAUGGAAGCUCUUAACAAGAUCUUGAUAGUCUGAUGUAUUUCCCUGUAUCUGAUUGCUCUUUUCCCCUCCCACAGGCAAGUUAGCUCCUGUUCUUUUGCCUCCUGCCUGAAGACACUCCUGAAUAAACGUUUCCCGUGCAUGCAUGGCUGUGUUUGCUAAAAUUAUGGGGGUGCUAUUACCUUAAGGUGACCAGGUUUUUGAAACAAGUAUCAACUAAGAUGGGACAGUUGGGCAAACAAGGAAGUGCAGAAGGGAAUGGCAGUUCAGAAGGAUAGGAAGUAUUUACAGGUGAACUUUCACCCCUUCUUUUACCUCCCCCUCUAUGUAUUUGUUCCCAUUCUCGUCCCACACCGCUCAUACAUGUCUCCAUAGGAUGUAUAGGAAUCAUUGCACUAACCCUCAGCUCUGGGAUAGACAUGAUUUCUUCAGUAAACUUCAUAAUUAUUUUUAAGUGAUCCUAUUCAAUUGAAACUACUGGGGAAUUCAAACAGAUUUAAGAUUGUUGGGCUAUUUAACAGACAUAGUUGCUAGCAGGAUUUUGGGUAGCAGAAAAGCCACCCUUCCUGUGGAAGGCUUUAUUUAAUAGCUGUAUCAUGGAGGUGGCUUUACAGAGAAAAAUUAAAGUCACUAAUAGCAUCUAAAUACUUCAAGUUUCAGGCCUGAUUGUGCUAGGCACCAUACAGACAAAUAACAGAUAAAAUGCUCUCUGGGACAGGAACUGUUAAGCAGGAAAUGAGGGCUAUUGGUUAGACCAUGGGCCUGAAGGUUACAACUUCCAGGUCCUAUUUCCAGCUCUGCUACUGACUUAUUGAAUAACCUUAGAUAAAAGGUCAUCUAAAAUGGGGAGGAUACCUACUGCAUAGCAGAGAGGCUGGGAAGCUUAUUGUCUGUAAAAGCACCUUUUAAAAUCCUUAGAUGAAAGGGGCUAUAACAAGGGUAAUUUUUACCCACUAAAAAUCAGUUUCUCUAAGCCCCUUGCUAUGUCAGCCCAGAGAGUGGGUGUAAGUCCUACCAGCAGCGAAGGAAAACCCCCAGAGGGAUAUCACCUCCUCCUGUGGAGACGGCCAGUUGAGCAUGCCCAAUUUGAGACUUGCAGAGCUCAAAAAGUAAAUCUGCAACAAAUAUCCUGAGUGUCUCCAGAUCCACAUACACAACAAACAUUGGGGGAUGUCUGAGUUGGCAUUUUAAGGGAGUUUGCAAAACUAGGGACCCCAUCCUUCUGCCAUUUAAGUCAAAGGGAACAUUGACAUUGAUUUCAGUGAGAGAAGAAUCAGGACCUGUGUUAGCGAGUUAGAAACAACCCUUCUUCAGUAUCAGUGUGUCAGCCAGUCUGAACUUCCACAGCUGCACCUAACACAGGACUUCCCUGAAUAAAUUCCUGCUUCAAGUCCAAUAACUGUGGUUGAACUAGAACAGAUCUUCUAGAAAAACAUCCAAUCUUGAUUUUAAACAGUUCCAGUGGUGGAGAAUCCACCACAACCCUUGUUAAGUUGUUCCAAUGGUUAAUAACUCUCAUUGUAACAGGGUUCCAUUAUUUUGCCUAUGAUUAUGCUACACAGCAGAAUUGAUGGGGGGCAAGGGGGAAAAGCUAGCAAGAGUAUUUCCCAUUCAUUAAAAUCACCAACUCUUUUUACUGCAAUACAAGUUGAUCAGAAAUCACCAUCUAAAUUUAGUUUUAAAAGGCCCAUAAGUGUGACUAAAAUGGCAAUUAAAAAAUUCAAUUGUCAAAACAGAUAUUCAGUUAUAAUCUCUUUAAAUACUUCUAUUUUAAAUGUCAAAGGCAAGCAGUUACUUAUCACUUAUCUGUUCUUGCUACAUAAAAUGAGUGCAGUUUAGGAUUUCUGAGAAUAGCGGUUACAUGACCAUAUGUUCUGAUCUAUAUUUAAAUAAAAAAAUAGCAUGAAAAUAAGGAAUUUGCACUUACUGUAAAUGUCUGCUAGUCCAAUCAAAAGUUAUGCUAUAUGGAAGAUAAAUGUCCUAGCAUUUGUUUGUGCAUUUUCAUAUGUUGAUCAAUACGUUGUUCCAGUGGCUAUAUAAAUCUGAAAAAAGAAUCUCUGCUAUGCUAGGUGAGCUAAGUGACUCCUGAAGAGGAAAAGCACAAAGAAUCUCCCAAAAACAAAACAAAAAUUGCAGGGUGGGCAGAAAGGCAUGUGUCAUCUAUCAAGCAUUUUACAAACAUUAAGUCAUUCACAACUUUGUGAGAUGGGAAAAUAGUCUCCCAUUUUACAGAUGGGAAAACUGAGGCACAGUGAGGGGUCAAGUGACUUGCCCAAGGCCAAAGUCCAAGUGGUGGGAACUCCUGAUUUCUAAUCCUAACUUUGACUCCCAGUCCUGUGCACAGACCAGGUCUUAUUGCACUAGUAUAGAUCUGAAAAUCCAGUUUUAACAUCAUUUUUAUAUAGUGUAAGCUGGAAUACUUGGAUUCUGAUCAGAUCAAACUACUGUAUUAACUUUGAGGUUAACGUAGUAUCAGUUCACUUUCAGUUUUGUGUAUUAAAUAUCAUAACCCUGCCACCCAACAAGCUAACAACUAAAAGAACAUGAGUACUUGUGGCACCUUAGAGACUAACAAAUUUAUUAGAGCAUAAGCUUUCGUGGACUACAGCCCACUUCUUCGGACGCAUAUAGAGUGGAAUAAAUAUUGAGGAGAUAUAUAUACACACAUACAGAGAGCAUAAACAGGUGGGAGUUGUCUUACCAACUCUGAGAGGCCAAUUAAGUAAGAGGAAAAAAACUUUUGAAGUGAUAAUCAGGAUAGCCCAGUACAGACAGUUUGAUAAGAAGUGUGAGAAUACUUACAAGGGGAGAUAGAUUCAAUGUUUGUAAUGGCUCAGCCAUUCCCAGUCCUUAUUCAAUCCUGAGUUGAUUGUGUCUAGUUUGCAUAUCAAUUCCAGCUCAGCAGUCUCUCAAAAAAGUACUCCUGUUCUUUUUGCGGAUACAGACUAACACGGCUGCUACUCUGAAACCUGUCAUUAAGCUAACAGCUGUUGCUCAUGUCUUACCCAAGAGUUCCUAAACUGUAGCAAACUACUGAAUAAUUCCAAAAGUAACUGCCCCAGUCCUCUCACCCAGUCCUGCUCACUAAAAUUUCCUCAAGGAUUCUUGAAUGGAAAAAUUGGAAGUUUCUUGGGAAACUAUAGUUUUGCAAUUACGUGACAAUGGUCUUUUGGAAGAUUUUUUCAAAUAUAAAGUUGCAAAAACAGUUUGUCCAAAUUACUUUAGUUUCUAUACAAGUUUUCCUCUACACAGUGGAUGACCACCACUUCAGAUAGAGCAAAGUUUGAGAGAAAUUUAGAAGGUUGGUAGGGUAGGAAGAGACAAGUAUCAGCUUUCCAACAGCAACCUAGUGGCAAUGUUGGAAAGAGUACCAUCUUGCCAUAAAUCCAGUUGACACUGAGUAGAAAUUGAGGUAGUUGGAAUGUAAUUAUCCAAACAUAGCUCUGUAAUAAAACUUUGCUUUAACUUUGUUUUCCAAGUUCACACACACACACAAACACAAGAAACCUGGGAAGCAGCCAAACUAGCUUACUUUGUGUUCCUCAAGUCUCCUUGAUCACCCACUUUUUCUUCUGAAGACAAAUACAGAUACAAGCAGAGUAUACAGGAUCCCAACAAAAUCCAGCUGUCUGUAUGCUACAUACUACUUCUGUAGUUCUGGUCCAAUUUAGACAGGAGACGGCAUCAGUCAAAAACCUGUAUCAAAUCCAAAAUAUCCUUAGGUUAAAGAUUUUUUUUUUUUUUUUUUUUUUUUUUUUUUUUAAGUUUAAGUCUGGAGACACCGUAGCCAACAGGAUACUGCUUAUAGGCCAUUCAGAAGAGAGCUGGGAUCAAGUCAGCAAUUAGAAAGUCAGGGAUUCGGCUAUACCUGAAAAGUCUUGCAGGGAACCACAACAGGGAGCAUGGUGGAAGUUCAGCAGCUCAAAAGAUUAGUUCUGAGUGAGCUGGCAGAGUCAUGGAGGCCUCUAGUGGUCAGGUCUAGGAAGCAGUACUAAAGAACGCAACAAGGUCAAAAGGAGAGUUGGCUUUUCAGUCUUAUGUGGCAGUAGAACUGGGAGGAAAGCCAUGGCUGCUGGAAGGAUGAUUCUUAUUUAUGGUUGUGUUUAUGAGCAUUAGAAAAUAAAGCAGAUUCUUUAUUUCUCUACUUUUGUGAAAAUAUAUAUUGAAUUAUUUGUAUGCUGGUAAGAGCAGUUUUUGAAUGUUAAACUUGUAUUGAGAUAUGUAACAAUAAAAGAAAGUCAAGAUUC